GGCCAGAUACAACCGCUAGGUGGCAGGCGUCCCUAGUUCGAAACGGUCAGGGAAAGUCCCAUCAGUAAACACUGACUAACAAACAAAAAAUGCUGAUAAAAGAUGCUGUACAUUAAAAAAAAUGUAACUAUUAAAUUACUAAUAAAACUACAUUAAACUAUUUUUUAAACAAACAUUGAAAUGGUUGGGUAAUUUCACGUUUUAAAGAGCCCUCAGUACAUGAAAAGUCAGAUGUUUCAAUACACCUUUUAUUCUAUUAUAGUGGAUGUUUUACUCGUAUCAUACGAGUAACGUUAAAUCAUCCACUAUAGAAUAAAAUGUAUAUUGGAGGCUUUAACUCAUAGCUAAAGUAUGUUUUUUACUUUAUUUUUAAAGUUUCCCUUCCCAAGUCGCGAGGCAGGGAAGCCAGUAUGAACAGAAGGAGAAGCACGCCCAUGGAAAUGAAUGGGGGACAUAAUACCACCGGAACCAAAGCCACCUGUUCGUCGUUUUAUCUGAUGCGCUCAUUGGCUCUGCGCCUGUAAUAAUGACCAAUGCGGUUCGUUUUUACUGCCAGUUGCGAAAGCCCGAUGUUUCCACGACAACAACUCACAAACAAGCGAACCUGCAGAAGUUUCCUGCUUUGUUUUGUUAGCGAGUACAUUUAUAUCGCACAAGCCGACCAAACGCUUGCACCAACGUGAAGGAUGUCGUCCACGAGGCAGCGACGCAACAUCUCUCACAGCCACCAUCAGAGGAUGAUCCUGGAGAGCCGCAGACAGGAUGAAAUUCGUGAGGAUCAGAGCAAACGUGUGGCCAAAGAGCGGCUGCUGCAGGCAAACCUCCAGAGUGAAGAGAGAGUCGAGCAAAAGCGCUUUCUCCGCAGACUGCAAGAUGAAGAGUAUGGGAAGCACAUCGAGGAGACACUUCUCAUGGCAGAGAAGGAGAGAGAGUUCAAACAAAGACAGCUUGAACAGGAGGAGAGGAUCGCCCAGGAACUGGCCAGAAUUAAUUAUGAGAAACUCAGAGAUGAAAAGAUGAGGCAACACAUUAAGGAGAACAGUGCUGAGCUUCGAGAGCUAGAGUUAAAGCUCAAGUCGGCCUACAUGAACAGAGAGCGGGCAGCACAGAUAGCUGAAAAGGAGGCCAUGCAAUAUGAAACAUUGAGACAAGAAGCUGCUAUUGCCCGUAAAAUAAAGGAUGAGCUUGAACGGGCAGAGGUGGAGAAUGAAAAACAGGAACAGAAGAGGCAUGAGGAGGUGAUCCGAUACCAGCAAGAUCUUGAGCAGCAGCUUGAGGAGAAGGAGCGCAAGAGGCAGGAGGCGUAUGAGGAGUUUAUCAAAGAGAAACUCGUGGUGGAUGAAAUAGUGAGAAAGAUCUAUGAGGAGGAUCAGAUGGAGCGCCAGUUACGACUUGAGAAGGUUACGGCCACUCAGAGGUACAUUGACGAAUUUAAAAAGCAGCAAGCGGAGUGGAGACGUAUGGAGCGAGAAAAGAUGGAGGCAGAGAACAAGCGCAUCCUUGAAUAUGCUCGCUUCCAGCAGAUUAAGGAGGAGGACAGAAUGGCCAAAGUUAGAGAACGUGAGCAGGCGAAAGAAACCCUGCACAAAAUGCUCUCAGAGCAGAUUGAUAUGGAAAGAAGACAGCGUGAGGAGAUGGAGCGUGUCCGUGAGGAACUCUAUUUGGAAGAGCAGGCCGAGGCGGCAAGACAACAAGAAAUCGAAGAGAUGGAGAAGAGGAUCCGGCAACGCCUAGAACUGCAGCAGACGUGUCAGGAGAUGAUGGCCUUCAAGCAGCUGCGUAUACAGGCUGAGAAAGAGGAAGAAGAGGCAUUUAGACAGAUGAUGAUGGCCAAGUUUGCAGAGGAUGACCGCAUUGAGCAGAUGAAUGCCCAAAAGCGUCGCAUGAAACAAUUAGAACACAAAAGGGCUGUGGAGAAGCUGCUGGAAGACAGGAGACAGCAAUACUUGGCUGAACAGGAGAGAGAGGCACAGGAGAGAGCAAUGGAGGAGGAGAGAGAAUCUCAGCGUAGACAGAUCAUUGAAGAAGAGAGACAGAAGCUCCUCAAACAGCAUGCUACGAAACUGCUGGGAUAUCUACCAAAGGGUAUUUUCAGAGAAGAUGAUAUAAGGCACUUUGAUGAGGAUUUUAGAAACAAUUUCAAACGACAACAGGCCGAUGUUUUCUCUGAUGAGGGUUGGGGGGAGGAUUAGCCAUCUCUAAAUUGAUGUGAUGAACACUAUGUGGUACAUUUAUUUCUAUGUUUAGUUCUCAGUGCUGGUUUAAAAGUUUCCAGCAGGUAUUACAUAUAUAGACUAUUUCACAAACUAUUGGAAACCUUUUAUCAGAAAUGAAAAAUGAUCUUGAAUACAUUUUACCAUAUCUUCAAACUGCAUAGUAUGUAGUGUGUUAAGUGUAAUGUUUCAGCUAGUGAUUCAUUUUGGUUAAAAUCAAAGGAUUGGCAUUAAAAUAUACUACCUAUUAUACUGAGUGUUUUUUCCACAUGCAUAACUAAGCAUACAGUCAGUGUUAAUAAGAUUGUUUUCACUCUUCCCCUGUUUUAUGUUCAAUACAAACCAUGUACUCCCUCUACUUGUUUUUUCUUCGAAGUAACACAAGCAAUUUCUUUCCUGCGUGAAUUCAUUGCUGCAUAAGAAAGAUCUGGAUACGGGUAGGGAGAUGGUUGGCAGGCAUUAAAUCAUACGAGCAAGAAUCUAAUCAGAUAUGACUGCUCCUGUAGUCAAAUCCCCCAGUGUCUUAACAGCUGUCGGUCAUUCCCUUUUUAGUAAGUCCAGUACAUGCAUCUAGCUGCCGCCCUGUCAGUAAUUUGUUUUCAUCAAACCAUUUCCUGUUAUACAUACCUGCAUUUUGAAAAUGAACUUAUGAGCUUCAAUCUUAUUAGAUAACAGAAUACUCCUCUUAUGUAAUAGUAUAGUGUAUAUUUUUUCCAUCCAUUUAUUGCAUCCAAGUGUUACAUGCAAUUGAUGCAAAAAUGAUGCACUAUAUUUUUAAGUAAAUCCAGCGUAUUCUUUUUUUCAGUGUAGAAUGCUGACGAAAGAAGCUGCUUGUUUGCCCCAUAUCCCAUUCUUCUAAUGAGAUUAUAGAAAUGACCUUGAGUCUUUGAAUGAUAUAGUGUUACAAUUUGAAUGGACAGUAAACAUUUUAAUGUGUCUUUCAGCUUAUUUCCUGUGUCAUACAGCUUCAGUGUCGAUAGCAGCAUAAUACCAAGCUAACGCUGUAUAAUGAAUCAGUAGCACGCUAUGGUCAAUUGGUGAGAAAAGCUAAAAAGUUUUUUUUUUACUGUUGUUAAUAUAUAAUUUUUGAAUAAGCAUGAGACAAAAAGUGUCCUGUUCAUUGACCAUAUUUGGAGAUCCUACUAUAUAUACAGGGUUUGUAUGUGGGGACAGUAAAGAGUGUACUUGUGUGGUUUCAGUACUAGAACGUCCUUUUGAAAUCCACAAGAGUUGAAAGUUAAUCGUACAACCCAUACAUUUGGUCUUUUUGGCAUCUAUACAAGAAGAUCAAGAGAUUACCGUGUGUACUAGAUACACAUGCUGACAUGCGUGUUUAUGCCUGGUCAAACUUGGGCAUUAUGUAGAAUUACCUUCUUGAGCUUUUGACUACUGUAUAUUUGUCCUCUGCUUUUGUGUAUUUCAUUUAAAGGCGACAAAAAAUAUAAAAGGUCAGCAAGGAAACAUCAAUCUCAUUAAGUUUGUAGACCAUGCCAAAGCUUGACUCAUGUGCCUCAUUGACCCAAUAAUGAGUGUUGGUUCUUCCUAACAGCCAAAUUGUUAUCAUCACUGAAGCACAUUUUAUUUGUACCACCUGUAAUUACAAAAUAAAACACAUUUUGGGGGAUUUCUUAGUGGGUGGGCCAAAUAUUUUUUAUCUUUCAACUAAGGAUCACUGAUCAUAUCCAGACUUAAUCUUUUUUGACAUUGUUCUGCAUCACAAAGUCUUGUCUUGCUCGCCUGGAAUAACCAGAAGCACUAAUACCUUGAAGGGACUACAGGUUGUUUAACAGACCAAUGAACACUUCAUCAUUUCCCUUUUUAAUGCAGCCUUGCAUGCAACCUUAGUUUGAAAGGUUUGUCCUGUUGCUUAGAUUGGCUGUAGAUUGAAUUGACUAAUGGUAAAGUCUCUGAUUGGAGGAGCUCUGUGUCUACAGUGAAGCUUAUGUUAAUAGACCAGACUCCAGCAGUACAUUGGAUUAGCCUGAGUAUGAUUAG